AUGGUUCAUCGGAAGCCCUGGUGGCAAGAAGAAAGCAGAAAUCCAUCAAGGUACCUCAACUCCUUGAUCAUUUUAGUUACUCUUUCCUCUGCAUGGGUGUCUGAGCAUCUGGUUGUGGAUCCUGUAAGUUCUAUGGAUCCCUCUGCUGUGGGCCAUGCUGGUCCUCUUUGCAUGGAGAACUCUUUCCUUCAUGUCUCAUCUCCUCCUUCAUUCACUCUCCAAAGCCUGGGAGAGUCCCAAGCUCAUCUCUUGCAGCCCAUCACUCCUUCAGCUGCAUGGCUGACUUCAUUGAAACCUUCCAACACAGAGGGCCAAGUCUUGUCAGACCACCCAUCAAAACCUUCUGCUCUGAGCGUCUUGGAUUGCAGGUGCCCCAGCUGGGUCCCUGAGCAGGCUCUGCUUUUCACCGCUGAUGCCAAGAAAUCUUUGUCGUAUUCUACUUCCUGUAAAAUGAAUCCUCUCUGGUUGGAGAACUCAUUCCUGAAGGAACCCAUCCUGGCUUCUCUCACUCUUCAGGGGUUAGAGGAAUCCAGAGCUCGCUUGCUGUGCCCUGUUGUGUCCUCUGCUCCACUGUGGUCUUCACUGAAACCUUCCGAUACGCAGUUCUAUUUCCCGCCGGGUCCACUGGAUACCUCUGGCGCCCUGACUGCUACGGAUGGCACCAGCCAGAAAGAGCCUCGCAUACCUCAAUUUGCACUGGAGCAGCCGCAACUUACAGCAGAGGGAGAGGGGGACAAGAUAGACUCAGUCGGCGCGAUGCCAGAGUAUGUCCUGACAGUUCCUGAGGAUGCGCUGAAAGAACAGCCAACUGAGAGAGAGUCCUUUGGCCAUGAGAUGAAAGCGGACAAUCAAGAUCGGGAUGUGAGUGCGCACAAGCUGAUGUUGCUGAACCUGGUUUGCUGUUCAUUGGUAGAAAGUUCCAAGCCUGAAGGAGAGAUUCAUAAGGCUCUAGAAGGAGUGUGCGAGAAGCUAGCACUGUAUGAACCUGAAUUUAUCCUCAAGGCUGCCUUGUAUGCACGCCAGGAACUUAACAUCCGCAGUACAGCUAACUUUCUUCUGGCACUGUCUUCCCGCCUCUUGCCCUGCCGCCCGCAUCUGCGCCGCUAUUUCAGCCACGCAAUACAGCUGCCCUCCGACUGGAUGGAGGUGGCUCGGCUUCACCAGAGCCUAGCAAAGACAGAUGCUCUGGCACCUUUGCCUUCCUGCCUCCGUGCUGCAAUGGCUGACAAAUUCCGGCAGUUUGAUGCAUACCAGUUGGCCAAAUACAACACCCGGAAGAGCCGUGGGAAAAAACGACAUCUGCCAAAGACCAAGAAGAAGAAACAGGGAUCCCUUCGCCUGAAUGGCUGGAAAAAGCACAAAUUGGGUCGCUUCAGGAGCUUCGUGGAAAAGGUGGCUGCUCUGGAAAAAAAGUACGAUAAGCCCUCGAAGCCAGCUACGGAGCCAGCCACGAGGGAUCCAGCAACCCCCAAAGAUCUUUUCUCUCUCAAGGCUUUGAUCCGGCGCCUUCAUAUUUCUGAGCCGGCUCAGCAUGUCAUGAGUCUCCUGGGGCGCAGGUACCCUUCAGACUUGCAGGCCUUCUCCCGAAGUCACCUUCAGGGACCCUGGAAUUCAGCCCUGGCUGGCACCCGCAUGAGACUUCCAAAACCACAGACUUGGGAGCGAGAGCUGAGUCAACGGGGGAACACCACUCAAGCCUGGGAAGAGCUGAUCGAUGCGGGGAAGCUGCCCUUUAUGGCCAUGCUGCGUAACCUUCGCAACAUCGUGCGGGCCGGGGUGAGCGAAAGGCACCACCGACGCCUGCUGAAUCGUCUGGAGAACAAGGAGUCCGUGAUCCACAGCAGGCAGUUCCCGUUUCGAUUCCUUGCUGCCUACAAGGUCAUCCAGCAGCUGGAGGAAGAGCUAGGGUCCAGAGGGAAACCCCUCCCUUCCAACGGAGAGCUCGUAAAACAGGUCCUGACGGAGGCUGGAGUGUUGCUCCCAGGAGAGCGGAACUAUUUUUGGACCAUUAAGGAAUUACGCCGCUGCAUGGAAAUCCCAAUUAUCUUCCGGUUACUGAAGUGCAAGAAGACGAAACUGCUGAAGUUCAGAGAAGCGAAUUACAGCCGUGCCCUCCUGCAACGGUAUCGCCAGGCGUUGGAAACAGCCAUUGGCUUUGCUGUGCGCCACAACGUGCCCCCCAUCCCUGGCCGCACUCUCAUCCUGAUCUCUUGCAGCGGAAUGGAGAAACCCUACAUGCGGGCCCGGGAUCUCUGCUGCCCCAGUGCUGAGCAGAAGGACAUGAACAAACCCCUCACGAAACUGGAUAUGGCCUUUUUGCUGGGCUCCAUGGUGUACUCUGCCUCUGAACAGGCCCAGCUCCUCCUCUGUGAUCAGGCAGGGGUCACGGAUCCUGUCACCAUGACGGGCGCUGUGCUGAAGGACGUCCAAUACCUCCAGUCUCUGAAUCCUGGAUACUGCUAUGGUGCAAGUGUGGAGGAUACCAUCAUGGACCUCAUUUCUCAGCGCCAGCAAGUGGACACGAUUCUCUUGCUGAGCCACGCACCCAUGGACCCAGAUCGUACCAAAUGCCUCUGUUUAUAUCGCCGUCAUGUUGCACCCCACUGCCUCCUCAUCAACGUCUGCUCCGGUACCUCAGAGUCCCGGAGUUUUGAUUCGCCCACGGAGGUUGUGAUGAGUGGAUUCAGCGAGCAGGUCCUCAGGUUCAUGGCUGAAUGUGGCAAUUCCCGGCUCCUGGAGCACGUGGAGAAGAUUGACAAGAUCCACGGCUUACCUGAGCCGCAGAGGGCAGCAACGGCAAAACUGGACACAGGAGCUGAACCCUGGGUAUCGGCUCCCAAAAGCAGGUGGCGCUCAGUAAAGGUCUUCGUCUCUUCUACCUUCCGGGACAUGCAUGGUGAACGCGACCUGCUUAUCCGCUCCGUCUUCCCUGAAUUACAAGCCCGUGCGGCCCAGUUCUGCCUGAUGAUAGAGGAAGUUGACCUGCGCUGGGGGAUCACUGAACACGAGGCCCAGAGAAACAAGCAGCUGGAACUCUGCUUGUCCGAAGUUGCACGGAGUCACCUGUUCAUUGGCAUCCUUGGCGAGAGAUAUGGCCACAUUCCUAGAGAGUAUUCAUUACCGGAUGAGCCUCAUUAUGCAUGGCUGAAGUCCUACCCGGCAGGCCGCUCCAUCACAGAGCUGGAGGCUAUUCAGUUCCUGAACGGUUGCAAGAAGCCAUCAGCCAAGUCCAGGGCCUUCUUCUAUCUCCGAGAAGCAGACUUCCUUGGGUCGGUACCCGAAGCGUGGAGGGCAGAUUUUGCGGCUGAGUCAGAAGAGGCUAAGAGCCGGAUUGCAGAUCUGAAGGACCAUCUCAAAAAGCACAAAGAUCUGGCUUCGCUUGGCAGGUACACAUGUCAGUGGGGUGGAGUAGCCCAAGGCCGGCCCUUUGUCAAAGGUCUUGAGGAAUUUGGUGCCAAAGUCUUGCGGGAUUUGUGGGAAGGCAUCUUUCACCACUUUAUACAGGGAGAAAGUUCUAAGGUCAACGGUGAGUCGGAGGAGCCAGAAGAAAGUAUCUUGCAGGAAUCUUUCCAGGAGUUGCAGCAGAAGAGAUUCUGCGCUCGGGCAAAGCUUCUCCGGGCCACAGCUGCCCAGCUGCACGGAGGCAGCAUCUGUGUUGUGAGCGGCGAAUGUGGGCAAGGCAAGACCGUCUUCUUGGCAGCCCUGGCCAAAGAGCUCCGAGCAAAGGCCCCGCGCCACGGAGACCCCGCUCCCGCUUGCCAUGUUGUGGCUCACUUCACGAGGGCCCGGCCCGAUCAGGCCAACGUCCAGGUCAUGUUAAGGCGGGUCUGUGCCCUGCUGAGGAAGCUGGUGAAGCAGCCGCCGUCCCCGCCCACAAGCUACAGGGGGCUGGUGGCCCAGUUCAACUCCCUCCUCCAUUCUGCGGCCCAGUCGCUGAAGCGUCGGCAGUCUCUGGUGGUUCUGAUUGACGGUGCUGACCUGAUCCAUGCAGCCGGCGGGCAGCUGGUCUCUGAUUGGCUGCCUGAACAGCUGCCCCAGCGAGUCAGCCUCAUCCUCAGCGUCUCUGAGGAAUCGGUCCUCCUCAGAUCUCUCAAGCGACGGAAAGAGGUGACCGUUGUCUCCCUGGGGCCGCUGGACCCCCCUGACCGAGUGGUCAUGGUCCGCAAGGAUCUGGCACUGUACGGCAAAAAGCUGGAAGAGUCCGCCUUCAACAACCAGAUGCGCCUCGUACUGCUCAAACGGGGCUCCCGACAACCUCUGUACCUGAUGCUGCUGACGCAGGACCUGCGGCUCUUUGCUCUGUAUGAGAAGCUCUCGGAGAGGAUCCAGAAGCUGCCUGUCUCUCUCCCCCUGCUGCUGCAGCACCUGCUGGGGUGCCUGGAGCAGGAUCACGGGCUGGAGCUGGUCGCUGUCGCCUUGGCGUCCCUCUGGGCCAGCAGAGAUGGACUAACCGAGCGAGAUCUCUAUGGCGUCCUGGCUACAUGGAAAGAGCUGAACGGAGCCAACGUUGACCUGGAAGAAGCCAUUUGUGCCGGGAGACGGGCCGGAGGCUACCCCAUGGCUUCUUUCUUCGACUUCCUCCGGAGCCUGAGGGGCCUCCUCAGGGCAUGUGGUUCUCCAGCCGAACCCCCUGGCUCCCGACUCCAUCUCUAUGGCAUCCCGUUGAAGACGGCUGUGGAAAAACGCUACCUGAAAAAGCCAGGCUUGGACCGCACAGCCCAUGUUCUUUUGGCAGCCCACUGGUGGAAACUUUCUGACCCAGAUGGUUCUAGGAGCUUUCGCAACUGUGAGGUUGAAUCCUUGAUGGUGCUUCCCUAUCACCUGGUCCAAAGUGGCUGUCUUGAUGCUCUGGCUUCUCUCCUGACCGACCUGAGAGUCGUGAGUGUUCAUGCCCGGCUGUGUCUCCUUCCCUCCCUCUCAGAAGCCUAUGCACUCUAUGAGGGUGCCAUUGGCUCAGAGCGCAAUGAAACCGUGGACUCCUUCCGCGCCUUCUUGCAAAGGAACAUUGACCUGAUUUCCCAGAACCCUUUGCUGCUUCUGCAACAGGCUGCAAACGAACCAGAUUCCUCAGCUCUCUGCUGGCAAGCCCAGGCUGAGCUGCGUGGAAAUGAAAGAUGUUUCCUGAAAUGGAUCAACAAACCCCAGGAAGCCCAAGAAAACGUGAGCCUCGUCCUGCCUCUACCAGCCACUCCUUCUAGUGUCUCAGUUUCCCCCUCUGGAAGCUUGGCUGCUGUGGGCACUGCUGAAGGAACCAUCCACCUCUUGGAUAUGGAGACAGGGCAGGAACUGAAAUCCUUGCUGAGCAACUGUGAUGGAAUCUCGGCCUGCGUGUUCCUGUCAGAGACAUCUGUCUGUCUGGGGGCCUUCAACGGACGCUUGGAGCUUUGGAGCGUGAGGGAAGGAUGCAGGCUCAUGGGCAUGGAUGCUCACAAGGCCCAGAUUACAGAUUGCUGCAUCAAUUCUGACCUCAGACUAUUGGCUACCGUCUCACUGGAUGGCUUCAUCAAGCUCUGGGAGUCGGCUCGGGGUCAUGUGACAAGGGAACGAGACUGUUCACGUCCCUUGAACUGUGCAGCCUUUCACCCUGUGGAUCAGCUGGUGGCUGCAGGAGGGUGGGCUGGGACUGUCACCAUUCUGGACAUGAAUGAUCUGAGCGUGGUCUCGGAGAUGAAAGGCCACGAUGCUUCCGUCCGUUGCAUUUCCUUCUCCUCUGCCAGCAACAUUUUGGCAGCCGGGUCUCUGGCUGGAACCAUCCGUCUCUGGUCGUGGCGGGAAUCUGUGGCUUUGUUCACUUUCACGGCUCACUCUGGCUGCGUCACCAGUGCUCAGUUCCUCCCAGGGGGGAAGCUCAUCACUGCAGGAAAAGACACCAAGGUCCAGCUUUGGACAGGCCGCUUGGGACAGCUCUGGAGCACCUUACAGUCCUCCGCCCUUUCUGCAGCUCUGUGCACCGCACCCAAUCCCGACGGCAGCCGGCUCGCUGUCGGGUACCACUCCGAUGACAUCUGGGUCUAUCACCAGCCAUGGCAAUCUGACGUCAGCCCAACACACUGCAGAGGAAAUGGGGUGGCUGUCUGCAGCCUGGCUUGGUUGGACAACCUCUUCCUGGUUGGGGGCAGCGACGAUGGCUCCCUCUGCAUCUGGGACACCUCGGACCUUCCUCCCUCGUGCCUUCGUAAGCUUCGGGGUCACGACGGAGCUGUGACGGGCCUUGCAGUCUCCAAGAAUCUGAUGGCAUCCACUUCAGAGGAUUUCACCGUCCGUCUGUGGCUCACAGAGACCCUGAGACCUGGCCCUGCUUCGGACACCGGCAUCUCCCCGCUCGCCACCCUUCAUGGCCACACUGCCACAGUGACCUGCUGUGCUUUCAGCCUCGACGGGAGUUCCCUGGCCACUGGAGGCAAAGACCGGGCCUUGUUUCUGUGGGACGUGAGGAGCCCCUCCGAGAAGACGCCCUGCCUCUGGCGCGCCCUGCCUUUCUGCCACCAAGACUGGAUCUCCGCCUGUGCCUGGGCAGGCCCCAUGUUGCUGUCUGGUUCCAACGACUGCACCGUUUGCCUCUGGGAUCCCCAAACUGGCAAACGCCUCCGGGUGUUCCUGGGGCACCAGAGCCCCAUCUGCGGGGUUACAAGCGAGGAUGAUCAUGUGAUCUCCAUGGAUAGAGAAGGGAUGCUGGUGGCGUGGGACCUCCAGGGAGUGGAGAAAACCCAGUUCCUGGCUCAUCCAUGUCAAGCCAACCACUGUGCCGGCUUCAGGGAUCAAAGGGAAAAAGCCUUUCUGCUGGCUGCUGCCGGUUCGGAUGGGACCGUGAACCUUUGGAAGCCCCUGACGAUGGAGCGACCCCAAGUCCUUUCCGGGCACUCCGCCGCUGUUUGUGGGGCUGCCGUUUCUACCGUGACUUCCUCUUUCCUGACAAUAGCUGAAGACAAAACAGCCCGGCUGUGGGCCCUUCCCAAGAAAGAUGGUGGCGUCAAAAGCCUCCCCCAGCAUUUUGGGGCCAUCACAGCUGUGGCCUGGUCCCCAAAGGGAGAAUUUGCUGUGUCUGGUGGGGAAGGUGGAGAGCUGACGCUGUGGCGGAAAGGCAAGGUGGUGACAACAGCGAAGGUUGGCUCUCAGUGCAUCAGUGCCGUGGCCUUCACCUCCCCCCACACUGUCCUGGUAGCCUCUGGUGCAAUCAGCCUCUGGAACAUCAACUCCAGUGAAUGUGAGGAUGGGGCAGUUAGUUUGGCGCAUAGGCAGCUUCUCCAGCUGGCAGCGAAACCAUCGGUGCUCUGCGCAUGGACGCCCCAUCUUGGUGGAUCUGUCGUUCUGGGUCUGACCGAUGGAGCCUUGUUGGUGCUCAAUCCCAACGUCAAGAAUUUCUGGAACAGCAAGUGAGUGGGAGAGAAGCGGCUCUCAGGGGAAGAGGGGUACUUUGACGUCUCUGCAUCCGAGGAGGGCACCCUUCACCUCUGGUACUCUGCAACUACUCCUGGCUCAUUUGAGAUGAAGAAGAUCAAGUUGGAGAAGCAGACGGAGGAGCAGGAGCCGGAGCUCAUACUUUGGGAACCGAAAAGGCCGUCGAUCUCGGUCACUGCUGCUCGCCUGGUCAAGGAUAAGUUCUUGUUCUGUGGUGACUCUGAAGGAGCCCUGUGGACCCAGACCCGGCAGCAGCAGCAACAGGAGGAGCUGGAGAAUUCAGACUGCCAGUGGGUGCUUAAGAGGCAGCAGAGGAGAAAGAUUCACAACGACAGAAUCACAGCUCUCCACAUCAUCGAAGACAAGAUUGUCACGGCAUCCCACGACCGGGAUAUGAAAAUCUGGGAUGGCAGCACAAAGCAGCUGCUGGGCCAGUUCCGAUGCCUCGCCCCCAUCUCCCGCCUCGAACCUUGCCCUCGGGCAAACCCGCCUCUCUUUGUCGCGACCGACACCCUGGGCAACAUCUACUUCCUGGAGUGGAGCAGCCUCAGUGCUUGAGAGGGAGGAAGAGACGCUCCAGCUUUGUCUUCCUCGCAUGAUCUCCAAUUCCGGCUGGUUCCCCAUCGCAUUCCGGAGCCAGCCAUUCCGGGCUUGAAGCUUGAAAGGUGAACGUAAAACACAUUCAUGAUUUGCACCUUGGUUGAUUUGGUGGUGCCUUUUGUGUUGGGGCCAAACAGCUCGAGAACAAAGAUGAGAUGAAUAAGGUUUAGGUACUGAAAAGCAGCAGAGGCAGGAAGUGUUUGGUCUUUACCACCUUAAAGUCCGUUUUGUGCCUCUUCAAUCGCCCACCUCGGUUUAGUCUAUGGGGAGAGCAGAAUGGCCUUGUGGGCAGCCAAUUUGCUAGUGACCAAUUAUGUGAAUGAGGUCACCUUGCAGUCUGUAUUCAAAAUGCAAUAAAAGUUUACAGCAAUUGAUGGGCAGAAAA